CCCCGGGCUUCGCCGCCAGCCUCCCCCGCGAGCUGACGGCCCCGCCGGCGAAGAUGGCUUGGACCGGGAGCCGCGGAGCCGGGCGAUCCUAAAACCGCCAAGGAUCGCGCGCAGACGCCAAGAUUUCGGCCCAAGCCCAGUCCGGACGGUUGGGCGCCAAACAUCCUCUCACCAUGCCCGAGGGGGCCUGCAGGGGCAGCACCAGGAAAGGAGGUCGAGAAGCAGCACCCCGGCCCUCCUCCGUCUCCUCCCUGGGUGGCCUUGGCUCCCACAUGGCGUCCAACCCCUUCUCGGGCAGCUGCACCUCCAUGAACACCGUGUGUUCGGACAGUGACCGCCCUGCCAGCCUCAGCUCCUCGGCAUCUUCGGCCUCCCUCCAGGACCACCAGAGCGUCUUUGGUGGCAGUGGUGGCCUGGGAGGCGGCCCCCCAUCGUACACCCCCCAAAACGGCAGUGACAUCAGCCUGGACCUCACGCCCGUGUCCCUCCUGGAUGGGAUGGGAGAAGCCCCCGGGGGCGCCGGGCGGCAUCACGGCUGGUCCCCCGGCUUGGCCAGGGCCAAGGAACGGCAGGCCAAGCGCUCCCACCUGGACCGGGUGGUCCAAGAAAUCCUGGAGACGGAGCAGGCGUACGUCAGGGACCUGAGGAGCAUCGUGGAGAACUACCUGGGCUGCAUCAUCAGUUGCGAGAAGCUGCCGCUCAAGCCAGAUCAAGUCAGCGCCUUGUUUUGCAACAUCGAAGACAUCUACGAGUUCAACAGCGACCUGCUGGAAGAUAUGCAGCGGAACCCCUGUGCCCACGCCGUGGCCGAGUGCUUCGUCCAGCGGAGUGAAGAAUUCGAUCUCUACACCUUGUACUGCAUGAACUACCCCAAUUUUGUCUCGGUGCUGCGGGAAUGCAUGGAGGACGAGGCCGUGGCCAGAUUCUUCCGGGAGAGACAAGCCACCCUCUCGCACUUCCUGCCCUUGGAGACCUACCUCCUCAAGCCUGUCCAGCGCAUCCUGAAGUACCACCUGCUGCUCCAGGAACUGGUGAAACAUUACGAGAAGAGCCGUCCAGGUUAUGACACGGUCGAAGAGGCUAGCAUCACCAUGACAGCUGUGGCUUGGUACAUCAACGACAUGAAGCGCAAGCAGGAGCACGCCACUCGGCUGCAGGAAAUCCAGGGUCUCCUGGUGGGCUGGAAUGGUCCAGAGCUGGGGGCGUUUGGCGAGCUGAUCCUCGAGGGGCAGUUCCGGGUGCCUCGUGCACGGAAGGAGAGGGUCUUCUUCCUCCUCAGCAAGGUCCUCCUGAUCACCAAGAGGCGCGGCGAAGCCUUCAUCUACAAGAGCCACAUCUUUUGCUGCAACCUGGCCCUGCAGGAGAACACCAAGGAGGCCACGAGCUUCAAGAUCUCUGACCUGUCCAUCCCUAAACAGCAGCACGUGGUCCAGGUGAAGAACCAGGAAGAGAAACGCCUGUGGAUCCAUUACCUGAAGCGUUUGAUUGUGGAAAAUCACCCGGCGUCCAUUCCUCAGAAGGCCAAGCAGGUCCUGCUGGAGAACAGCUUCCAGGGUUCUCCUGGGGUCCUCUCCAGCGCUGAGUCUCCCAAGAAGCCCCUGCCUUCCCCGUGGCUGGAUGAGUCCCUGGCAUGCGCUCGCAGCAGGCGGCAGUCGGAGCCUCCGGAGUACAUGUAUAGCCCCGAGAGAGCCCGGAGAAGCUGCCCCAUCUUAGCGCUGGAAAAAAGCACCUCGUGCCGCCGGGACCGCAGGCCAUCUGAUGUGGCCAAGUUAAAGCACACGGACAGCGAGGGCGACCUCUAUGCAGCCACUGAGCGCCCCCUUCCUUCCCGGACCCCCACGGCCAUGCUGGCCUCUGGCAGGACAGAGAUGGGGGCCGAAGACUCUGGCCAGGAGGAAGGGGAGGAAGGGGAGUUCCUGCUGCCCGAAGAGGCCACGGCCUCCGGCCUCUCCAUCACGGAAGAGAUCCUGGAGCUGCUCAGCCAACGGGGCCUUGACAAGGAGGCUGCCGGGAAGGGAAGGAGCUUCCCCCUGGAAGAAGGGGGCCAGGAGGCAAGUGGCCAGGCUCUGCAGGAACCGCCCUUACAAGAGAGUCCCUUGGAAGCACCGGGGAAGGAAGAGGAAGGCGCUGCAAAAGAGGGGGGGAAGGAGGAGGAGGAGGAGGAAGGCGACUCCCAGAAGGACCCCUCCUUAGGGGUCACCCCCCACGUCCUGCCCUUGCAAGCAGACGGUCUCCAGCCUGAGCCUCCUCCAGGGCUUCGCCCCCCCUUUGCCAGCGACUCUUCAGAAGAAGACGAGGAAGAGCAGCUUCUGCAGCAGGAGGGGUCGAGCGGCCCUUCUCCCCUCCACGUCUUGGAGACCUUGGCCCCAGAGGAAGGCUCUGGAAGGGCAGAAGAGCCCGGCCAGUCCACUUGGGGCAUGCAGGAGGCCCCGAACCAGGAGGGGCAGCCCCCCGAGGGCACCGAGGCCUCCAGCCACUCUGCCUGCCCUCCCCAAAGCUUGCUGGCUCCGAUGAGCAGAGACGAGAGGAUGGAGGUCAAGGCAGAGGGUGGGGCCCAGAGGGACCUCACCUUGACCAGGAGCGACUGGCUGCUGAUUGAGAAGAUCAAAAACUACUACGAGGGGGUGGGGCCGGCAAGUACGGCGCCAGGGCUGGCCAAGAAGGAUUGGGCCCCUCCUGUGCCCGCCGGCGUGGUGCGAGAGUCCAUCCUUCACUUCAACAGCAUCUGGAGGCAGAACGAUGUGCAGGACUGGGAGGUGGGCGGAGCCAGAGUCAGAAAGCCCCUCCCACAGCUUGGCGCCAGCAGCCCAGGAGGAGGAGACUCUGGGAGAAGCCGGAGUCGGUCCUGCCAGGAGGAGGGGAGGGGCCUCCUGCCCAUCAGCCUGGAUCCUUCCAAGAGGGGGCGGAGCUGUUCUGAGAGUGGCCAAUCAACAGAAAGCACUGAGCCUUCCAGAUGCUGCAUUGGACAGACACCCAGUGCCAGCUGUGAAAAUUCCCAUCAGGGGUGGAGCCCAUCUGGGGACAUGGAGUCGGACGCCACCCACAAGCCUUCUGUGCCUGGAAGUGGGAGUGGCUUGGAAGAGGAGGGCCCUGCAGGGUCUGAGUUCAGAUCCUGCGCAGAGAUCCGAAGGGCAUGGCAGGAGAAGGAACGGAGUGCCAUGGACUCCCCGAAGAAGGGUGGCAAAGUGCGAGUGAACAGGGAGUCUCACUCCUCCCCAGAGAUGCCAGUUUACGCCGAACCUCUGUACAUCGUGGAGGAUUCAGACCUAGAAGAUCCGCCGUCUGCCUCCAAAGGAGACCCCGAGGUCGCCGCCAAGGUCCGGAUGGGAGCAAAGGGCAGGCAGGAGGCAGAGGGGGUUGCCGAGGAUGCUCCCAGUCCCCUCCCCUCCUUCGACCUUUACGAGAGCAGCGGGGACCCCUGUCUUCUUGAGAACUCGGAGCGCAUCCUCAGCAAAGUGCAGGCCCUGGCCAAGAUGUACAGUGAGAAGAUCAGCCGCCUGAAAGCACCAAAGAGGGUGACGGAGAGGAAGCCGGGGGUGCGGCCCCUGCAGCAGCGGAGGGGCCCCAGCGGGAGCCUCCUGGCUGGGGUGCAGGAGGGCAAGCCGGGAUCCAGCUUCCCCCACUGCGAGCCACGCGUCUAUGGCCACAUCCUCAUCCAGGAGCCCCUCCAUCACGUGAUCGGGGUCCAGGAGAACACGCCUCUUGUCGCUGCGACCCGGGGGACCGCCUUCGAGCUGCACAGCGAAAGGCCCCCUCUGCUCCUUUCUCCAGAUCUCCUGGGUCCCUUGCGACAGGAACUGCCCUGCCCGCCAAGUCGCUCGCCCUGUGUUCAGUCGGGAGCCUGCCUGCCCUCUGCAGCCACGGAAGCAGCAGCCACACACCAGGGCCGAAGCUUCCCGGGAAGCCCUCCACGGCCCCUCUCGCCCGAGCCCGAGGUGGACCCUUCCACCCCAAAAGCCCCCAGCAAAGGCAGGGAUCCUUCUUCCCACCCUGGGCUAGCAACAGAGGCAACGCUUAGAGCCACGAAAAUGGAGGAAACCCCGUGGACAUUGGGGUUGGACAAGGGAAGCAGGCAGGCAGGGCAGCCGUCGUGCGGGUCUGAAAUGCAGCCGGGGGUUCCUGUCGCCACCCGCAUGCCGGAAUCCCAGCAGAGCCAGGACAGCCACGACGUGCCCAGCGCUCCCCGUGUCUCUGGGCCUACAGAAGAGGCCACGGACAAGCCACCUGGCUCCUCGGCAGAAUCUCCCCAGCUGCAAAAGCAGGCGGAGCCACCUUCCCUUCCAAACAGCAGCUCACCAGGGCGAGCGGAAAGCCCUUCGGGGAGAGCAGAUCCCAUGAAGUUGCCAGGGCGUGGGAGAAGGGAGGUACCGGUGCCAGCCCUAAGCGCAGAAGCCUCCAGAAGGGAGCCGGGGGCCUGCAGCGGGGUGGCCGCGCAUCCCGGCCCCCUCCCGGAACACUCCAGGGCUGCCCCUCCCCCACUGCCUAGUAGCUCCUCCAGCCCAUUGCCGGCUGGGGCAGGUACAGCGGUCAAAGGCCCCCCUCCCGCCAAUGCUCCUGGUUUGCUGGCGGUGGAGGCGGUGGUGGCAGAGUCUCCAGGCCCCCUCCACGAGGGGCGCCAGACGGCCCCCCUCCCGAAGCUCCUGCCCUCCUCCUCGCCGGUCCGCCGGUGCCUCUCCUCCAGCGCCGCCGCCAUCUCCAGGUACCUCGCGGCCUCCUGCAUCAGCCACAGCUUGGCCAAGAAGAACGGGGGCCCUCCCCUGGAGGAGACGCCUGUGCCCGCCCGGCCUUUCCCCUCUGGGGGGGCGCCUGGGGGGCCCCCGGCCGACCCGCUGGCUCUGCUCCCCAGAGCGGCCCCCAAGGCCUCCAGCCGUGGGGGGAGACUGGGGUCCUGCCUGCCAAGGGAGGGGUGCCAGCCCUCUGGGUCGGGGCCUCCUUCGCCCACGCGCCACAAGGCCUUGCUGGCCACCGUCCAGGCCUUUGAGCCUCGCGUGCGCUUCGCUUCCGCCUCGGAGCCCAAUUCCCGAGCCCAGUCGCCCUCCGCCGCAAAGCCUCGGGUCUGCUCCCCUCCUCCGACCAGCCCCCCCACAAGCGGCUUCACCCCCUUGUCCGCCCACCCCCACGGGCAGCCGACCGGCUCCGUCCUUUCCCCGGUGGCCCUGAGGCCGGACACGGCUGGGAGGAGCCACUCCUGCCCGCAGGUGGCCCCGUCGAGUCUGCCCGAGAGCCUGGCCCCCAGCCCUUGCGCUGGCCCUCCGGACCUCGGGGGCCUCCAGUGGCCCAACGUGCCCGGCCUCUGUUUGAAGUACGUGAACAGAGAGCGCCGGCCGAGCAGCCCCCAGAGGAGGCCUCCUCCCGAGGGCCAGGGCUCCCCAAGCCCAGCGUUCCCCUUCAGUGGGGCGGACGCAGCGCCCCGCACAGACAGGAACCAGCAGCGGGCCAGCUAUUCCACCACCGUCAACAUCCAGAUCGGCGGGAGCGGCCGGAUCGCCUCCUUCAGCAACGCACAGGUCAGCCUGACCCAUCAUCCCCUGCUGGCCACGCUGGAGCCCCUGAGUGCCAGGAAGGUCAACGGCAGCGCUUUGGAGGCACCCCAAAACACAUGAAACCCCCCCCAGCAGCCUUUGCCAGGGACACCAGCCCUCUCCCUUCCCUGGUCCUCCCCC